AUGCUUGUGUUAGGCCAGAUUCCAAUGAAAGCUGAACUUGUGGAAGGUGUAGUGGUGUUAUGUGGCCGAUGAACUGUUUCGGCAGAAGCCGGUGUCACUUAAUCUGCAUAACACAAGAGAUCAGAUAUCAUAGAAUUAGCCGCACUAUAAACCUGUAAGUAUGGAAACCAUUUUACUCAAGACAUACUAAUGCUUCUUGCUUAUUUGUAGUGUUCAACUACAAAAGCAUCCCUGAUGCCUGCUCUUUUUUGCUGUAGUUUCAAUCAGGCAAUUAGAGGAACCCAACUCCAGGAAAUCAAGGAGACUCAACAUGCCUACACAGGCAGCACUCACACUGACUUGUUGUGAUCAGCGAUUCACAACUGCAUCCCUGAUGCCUGCCCCAUACAUUCCAGAUAUCAGACUGGAAACCACAGAAGAUACUUGUAUGACAUUGGAUUCCUUACGGUGGCUGGAUGCUUGUGUCAGGCCAGUUUCUUGUGAAAGCUGAACUUGUGGAAGGUGUAGUGGUGUUAUGUGGCCGAUGAACUGUUUCGACAGAAGCCGGUGUCACUUAAUCUGCAUAACACAAGAGAUCAGAUAUCAUAGAACUGGCCUUACUAUAAACCAGUAAGUAUGGAAACCAGAAACUCAUACUGACUGUUCUUCCCUACUUGUAGUGUUCAACUACAAGUGCAUCCCUGUUGCGUGCCCUUUUUGCUGUAGUUUCAAACUGGCAAUUGGAGGAACCCAACUCCAGGAAAUCAAGGAGACUCAACGUGCCUACACAGGCAGCACUCACACUGACUUGUUGUGAUCAGCGACUCACAACUGCAUCCCUGAUGCCUGCCCCAUACAUUCCAGAUAUUAGACUGGAAACUGCAGAAGAUACUUGUAUGACAUUGGAUUCCUAACGGUGGCUGGAUGCUUGUGUCAGGCCAGAUUCCUAUGAAAGCUGAACUUGUGGAAGGUGUAGUGGUGUUAUGUGGCCGAUGAACUGUUUCGGCAGAAGCCGGUGUCACUUAAUCUGCAUAACACAAGAGAUCAGAUAUCAUAGAACUGGCCGCACUUUAAACCAGUGAGUAUGGAAACCAGAAACUCAUACUGACUGUUCUUCCCUACUUGUAGUGUUCAACUACAAGUGCAUCCCUGUUGUGUGCCCUUUUUGCUGUAGUUUCAAUCUGGUAAUUGGAGGAACCCAACUCCAGGAAAUCAAGGAGACUCAACAUGCCUACACAGGCAGCACUUGCACUGACUUGUUGUGAUCAGCGAUUCACAACUGCAUCCCUGAUGCCUGCCCCAUACAUUCCAGAUAUUAGACUGGAAACUGCGGAAGAUACUUGUAUGACAUUGGAUUCCUAACGGUGGCUGGAUGCUUGUGUCAGGCCAGAUUCCUAUGAAAGCUGAACUUGUGGAAGGUGUAGUGGUGUUAUGUGGCCGAUGAACUGUUUCGGCAGAAGCCGGUGUCACUUAAUCUGCAUAACACAAGAGAUCAGAUAUUAUAGAACUGGCCACACUUUAAACCAAAAACUCAUACUGACUGUUCUUCCCUACUUGUAGUGUUCAACUACAAGUGCAUCCCUGAUGCCUUCCCUUUUUGCUUUUGUGUCAACCUGGCAAACAUAGGAACCCACCUCUCAACUCCAUGGUUAUGAUUAUCGCUCCUGCACACAUCCUUGAAAAAACAGAAGUUUGUCAUCAGCAGUUAAAUGACAGGAUUUGCAAGAACUGAAGAAUUCAUUUUUACUUAAGAGAAUUCAGUUUAUGCCGGUACACACUGCUUUAAAUUUAACUGUUAUAUAUAUAUAUAUUGAUAUAUCUUUUAUAUCUUUUCUGGAAGGUAGUAGGAAGGAAAUUUCAAGAUAACUAACUGGUCUGCAAGGACGGAGAAAACAGAUCUGAAAUGGGAAAGCCACUGCUAUUUGGGUCCUCCAGAUUUUGAAAGUGCUGUAGUUUGAUGGUAAGUGAUUAUAUUUUAUCCUUUUUUGCACCUGACCUUUGACAGGGUUAGUGCGAAGUUUGAAUUCAGAUGUGAAAGCUUUUAAAACAGUAAAUUCAAUUUAAUUCAUUUUGUCAACAAGUUGAUGAUUGGAGCUCUUAAAAAUAACAGAGAAAAUUAUCCGAAGAAAUGUUUUUGAAGAAAGAAAAAGAAUUCCGGGUUAAGCACUAAUUAGCCUUUGAACAACUAUGCCCUGUAAUCACGCCAGUAAAACAAAAUGUUCUAUUUUACACGCCCGACGCACUCUGGCCAAUGUCUUCUCUGAUUACAAGCACUUGACACCGAACCAUACGACAUCUUUUCAAAACCUUCUUAUAAUGAUACACAGUUUAAAUGGAGGUUUUGCUGUAUGCAACCCUUACGUGCAAAAUAUGCCAUAAUCAUAUUUAUCUAUAUCGCAACCACCCUUCCCCCUCAACUGCUCCCUGUAUGCCUAACAAACAUAUCGAACGCACUCUCCUAAGAUCCGAUUACUUCUAGUUAUAUAUUGGUUUAGAAUUUUUUCCCAUAAGCUUGUAUGCCUAGCUAGUGCUGGACUGGAUACGCACUAUUCACAUUUUAAUUAUUAUUUGUUAUCAUCAUCGUCAUCAUCACUAUUAUUAUUAUUAUCAUUAGUAUUGGCAUUAGAAUUAGUAUUAUUAAGUAUCUUUAAUCUUUUAUAUCUCAUCAGGAACUGUCAUGCAAAGGUUACUGGUCUGCUAUUAGGAGGACAGCUGAUGAGCUGAACUGGAGAAGCCAAUGCUGUUUUGUCGAACAGAUUUUGAAAUUGAAACGGAUUGCUGGUAAGUCUUUGCUCUUUUGAAUGUUACUUUUCCCAUAGAUUCCAGAAUGCUAUUGUGAAACUAACCAAUAACACAAGUAUUUUUUAUGUAUUUUUCUCUUAAUUUUUUAUAUAGUAAUAUCUUAUUUAUUUUUAUUUUUUUUGUUAUUCAGCAUGUUCUUCUCCGAUCCAUGCACAUCAUAAAUUGCCAUCGUUUCUGGCAUCACUCUUCCACAACACCCUUAAUCUGAUUUAGUUGAUAAAGAGACAAAGACAGAAUCUCUUGCCGAGCCAGAAAAUUACAGAAUUGUCAGUGGUAGCUACCUCAGUCCUGCAGACACAGCACAUUUUCAUUGGAACACAGUGUUUACGGGCCCACCAGCCCACUAUGCAACCACAAAGACUCUUCUCAGAAUUCCUCAGUUACAGCAGUUAAUUUCCCAGUUGAGCUGAUACAAGUGUGUGAUAUGAACUCUUUUGUGCAGUUUUCAAGAUCAAGGACAUUUUGCAUUUCAUUGAAUCCAGCAAAACGGCCCAAUAUAGUGAUGCUGCAGCACUCUGGGAAAAAAAGCUAUGUUAAGCAUCCAGACACUUAUUUAUGUUUCUGUGUCAUUUUCUUUGGUUCAAGGUAUCUGAUUAUUCUAUGAGCAAUUUCGAUUAGUAACUCAUUGCUAGUCAGCCCAGGAGACCUGUAAAAUGGGGUACAGCUGGCCUGGGGUUUUCCUCCUAGGGGCAAGUGGACGUACGGGGAGGUUUUUCACCCAGCUGUUGUUCCACAACCCCAUUUCUCUUAGCGUUAAUUAAAACAAAGAUUCCUAAAAAUAGUGUUUAAACUGCUUGCGUAUACACUAGUUAACUAGAUAAUCUUACUGUAAGUCUCUGUAAUUUCUCCAGACGAAUCAGGGUGCAAAGAAAGUCAGUUUUACAGCUUGCCAUUCGGGCAAGCUGUAGCUAGCAUGUACUAGCCCUCAAGUCAUUUCGACUAGCCCCAAAACCCUUUUUGAUUAGCAGGAUUGAUUACAAUCCUUCUGUAUUUUGAAUUUCCCCAAAAAACAGCAUUUGUCCGUCAGGCAAGUUUAGAACAAAAAUCACUAGCCCAAUAGAGAAAUCCACUAGCCCCCGGCUAUUGGACACAACUUUCUUUGCACCCUGCCAAUAAACCGAAAGUUGACAUUACUUUUUGGGUGUCUAUAUUUAUGUGAGGAACAAGGAUUACCACAGUGGGUUGGUGUGCAGCAUAAGAAAUUUUAAAUGUUUCACCAUAAUCAUCCAACAUUACAACUAUCUCAAAUUAUUUUUGUGUGUGUAGGACAACGUCCUUUGAAUAUUGAACAUGGACAAACAUUAUUUCUUAGUCUAGCUUGCCCAAAAUCAAAACAUGACUGAUUAGACAAUAAAAAUAUCAAUUUUAUAUAGUUGUAAAAAUAAAAAAUUUUUCAAACCUACGAGUAUGGUCAAAAAAGUUAUUUAUUUUUUUCACAGUUUAUUUUUGGGCAAAGUCAACAAAGAAAUAAUGUUUAGAGAUGUUCUUAAUAGAAAACAAGCCUUUCUAGGAAAUAAAAAUAUUAAUCCUAAAAAUGUGAACUUUUGCAAAGGGGUUAACCCAUGAUUUUUGUCAAAAAAUUCCAAUUUUUUUUAAAAUUUAUUUUACGGAAAAGUGAACCUAGAAGUAAUGUUGUACGAUGUUCUAGAUUAUUAAAUUUUUUUAGACCAUGACAAUAAAACCUUUUAAUAAGGCCAAAAACGCAAUUUUCUAAGGGGAUUACCCCAUAAUAUUUGUCCAAAAAUUCAAAAUUAUCUUUUACUUUUUUUAGGGCACAAUCAGCCUAGAAAUAAUGUUUCACAAUGUUCUAGAUUAAAAAAAAAACUAUUUCCAACUAUUAAAAUAACGACUUUUCAGAAGGCCAAAAAUCGCAUUGUUCCAAAGGGAUUAACCCAUAUGUUUCGUAAAAAAAUUCACAAAUUUUCUUUUACUUUCUUUGGGUCAAAAUAGGCAUAGAAAUAAUGUUUCACGAUGUUCUAGAUAAAAAAGAAACUAUUUACCACUAUAAAAAUGACAACUUUUCAAAAGGCCAAAAAUCGCAGUAUUCCAAAGGGGUUAACCCAUGAUUUUUGUCCAAAAAUGCAAAAUUUUCUUUUCCUUUUUUAAGGGCAAAAUGAGGCUAGAAAUAGUGUUUCACUAUGUUCUAGAUAAAAAAAAGAAAAACUAUUUUAGAUAAAAAAGAAACUAAUACAAAAAAAUAAAAUUUUCCCAAUUUUCUGAAAAGUUGUUGUUUUGAAAGUCGUCAGGCUAGAAAUAGUGUUUCACUAUGUUUUUAUUUUCUAGAAUAGUUUCUUUUUUCGUGAAAAUACUAUAUAUACUAUACCAGAUACUAUACUAUACUAUACUAUACUAUACUAUACUAUACCAAAUACUAUCCAGAUACUAUACCAGAUUAACUAGACUAGACUAGACUAUACUAUACUAUACUAUGUUGUAGAUAAAAAAGAAACUAUUUACGACUAUCAUAAUAACUCUUCAUAAGGGCGAAAAAUUGCAUUUUUACAGAGGGGUUAACCCAUGAUUGUUGCCAAAAAAAUCAAAAUUUUCUAUUACUUUUUUCAGGGCAUAAUGAGGCUAGAAAUAAUGUUUCACGAUGUUUUAGAUAUAAAAAGAAACUAUUUUAGAGUAAAAAAAUAACAAGUUUUUAGAACGCCAAAACUGGCAAUUUUGCAAAGGGUUGACCCAUGAUUUUGAUCAAAAAAUGCAAAAUUCUCCUUUUCUUUUCUUGGGGCAAAAGGAGCCUAGAAAUAAUGUUUCACAACGUUCUAGAUAAAAAGGAAACUAUUUUAGAGUAAAAAAGUAACAACUUUUUAGAAGGCCAAAACUGGAAAUUUUGCAAAGGGGUUAACCCAUGAUUUUUGUCAAAAAAUGCAAAAUUUUCCUUUUCUUUUUUUAGGGCAAAUUGAGGUUUGAAAUAAUGUUUCACUAUGUUCUAGAUACAAAAGAAACUAUUUUACAAUAAAAAAUAACUUUUUAGAAGGCUAAAAAUGACAAUUUUCCAAAGGGGUUAACCUAUGAGUUUUGACAAAAAAUGGAAAAUUUUGUUUUACUUUUUUUAGGGCAAAAUGAGGCUAGAAAUAAUGUUUCACGAUGUUUUACAUGAAAAAGAAACUAUUUUAGAGUAAAAAAAUCGCAUUUUUCCAAAUGGGUUAACCCAUGAUUUUUGUCAAAAAAUUCAAAAUUUUCCUGUUUCUUUUUUUAGGGCAAAAUGAGCCUACAAAUAAUGUUUCACGAUGUUCUAGAUAAAAAGGAAACUAUAUUAGAGUGAAAAAAAAAAAAAAAAACAACUUUUCAAAAGGCCAACACUGGCAAUUUUGCAAAGGGGUUAGCCCAUGCUUUUUGCCAAAAAAUGCAAAAUUUUCUUUUACUUUUUUUAGAGCAAAAUGAGCCUAGAAAUAUGUUUCACGAUGAUCUAGAUAAAAAGGAAACUAUUUUUGAGUAAAAAAAUAACUUUUUACAAGGCCAAAACUGGCAAUUUUGCAAAGGGGUUAACCCAUGAUUUUUGUCGAAAAAUGCAAAAUUUUCCUUUUCUUUUCUUAGGGCAAAAUGAGCCUAGGAAUAUGUUUCACGAUGUUCUAGAUAAAAAGGAAACUAUUCUAGAGUAAAAAAAAUAACAACUUUUUAGAAGGCCAAAACUGGCAAUUUUGCAAAAGGGUUAACCCAUGAUUUUUGUCGAAAAAUGCAAAAUUUUCCUUUUCUUUUCUCAGGGCAAAAUGAGCCUAGAAAUAUGUUUCACGAUGUUCUAGAUAAAAAGGAAACUAUUUUAGAGUAAAAAAAUAACUUUUUAGAAGGCCAAAACUGGCAAUUUUGCAAAGGGGUUAACCCAUGAUUUUUGUCAAAAAAUGCAAAAUUUUCCUUUUCUUUUUUAAGGGCAAAAUGAGGCUAGAAAUAGUGUCUUACUAUGUUCUAGAUACAAAAGAAACUAUUUUACAAUAAAAAAUAACAACUUUUUAGAAGGCCAAAAAUCGCAUUUUUCCAAAGGGGUUAACCCAUGAUUUUUGUCAAAACAUUCAAAAUUUUCUUUUCCUUUUUUUAGGGCAAAAUGAGUCUAGAAAUAGUCUUUCACAAUGUUCUAAAUAGAAAAGAAACAAUUUUAGAGUAA